AAGCCGAUCUUGCUGCAGGGAGGAGCAACCAGAGUGCUGUUGAGUUGAGCUGAGCAUCACAGACUGCAUUCAAGGAAACGGGCAAACGCAGCACUUUUUAGAGUUUCCAUAAUGUUCUAGCCUCCGUACAGCAUCCGUCAUUAAUAAAAAGAAAUACAUGUAUUUCGAUGUGGACCCUAAUGGAAGCCGUUUGUCUUUGAGAAGCUGGGAAUCUUUGCCCAGUGAAGGGAGACCCCCGCAAUUGUUUCCUGCGCCAAGAACUGUAAAGUGGUCGUUACAUCGCAUCUGUGAUGAACAGCAAGCAGUGAGUGUGAGGAAGUGUCAGAGGAUGCUCCUGAUCUGCGGGUCCCAGUGCUGAGGGAGGUCCACGGAGCCAUCUGGUGCCCACCAUGUCUCACCACCAACACCAUCAACGAGGACCCCACGGGCGCACCAUGAGUUCUGAGGAGAGGAGCUCCCCGCCAGUCAACAAGACCUCCACACCUGUUCACAAGAGCGCCUCCUCCUCUUCCUCAUCCCAGCGCGACAGCCGGCAGGAGGCAGACAGCUGGGAGAUCAUUGAGGGGCUGAAAAUUGGCCAAAGCAACGUCCAGAGGCCCGAUAAACAUGAGGGUUUUAUGUUGAAGAAGCGGAAAUGGCCCCUGAAAGGCUGGCACAAGCGUUUUUUUGUUCUGGACAACGGUAUCCUGAAGUACUCCAAGUCCCCCAUUGAUAUCCAGAAAGGCAAACUUCAUGGCAGCAUCGACGUCGGCCUCUCAGUCAUGUCCAUCAAGAAGAGAGCCCGUCGUAUCGACCUGGACACUGAGGAGCAUAUCUAUCACCUGAAGGUCAAAUCUCAAGAAAUCUUUGAUGCCUGGGUGUCCAAGUUGCGUCAUCACCGGCUUUACCGACAGAAUGAGAUUGUGCGAUCUCCCCGGGAGGCCACCAUGCGAACGUUUCCUCCCCCAACUACCGUGGAGUCCCCCCAACCUGCCUCGAGUGUGGUACGUGAAGCCAAGCAGGCCAAGCCAAGCAGCUUGCCGUGGCAGCCGGUGGCCCCCAGUAGCACCAGCAACAGCAGCCUGCCCGCCUCCUACAGUAACGGCCAGAGCAAGGUGGUUGCUUGGCUGCAGGAAUCAGAGGAGAUGGACAAGUGUGCAGAGGAGCUCGCACGAUGCCAGUCCAACCUCACUGAGCUAAGCCGGCUACUGCAGAGUUUGGAGAUUCUACAAAGGACACAGUCAGCGCCCAAUUUCAUAGAUAUGCAGACCAAUUGUGUAGAAAUGUCAAAGAAAGAAAAGCGCUUGAGCAGAAGAUGGAGAACAAAAAGUGUCGGCAAAGACGCAAAAUUCCAGCUCCAGGUCCCUCUGUCUGCCAGCUUGUCCCCCGUCCGCCUCCACUCAUCCAACCCUAACCUAUGUGUCGAGCUGGUCGACUUUCAACCCCCUGUCUCCCGGCUGACAGACAGUGUAGAGUGUGCUAGUGACUACAUUAAACUUCAGGAGGAAUUCUGCACCAUUGCCCAGAAAGUCCACUCUCUGCUGAAGUCGGCCUUCAACACAGUGGCCAUAGAGAAAGAAAAGAUCAAACAGAUUCUGUCUGACCAGGAGCAAUCGGACCAAUCAGCCCAGAUCAACUCUCUCAGGAAGUCUCUGUCACAGGCCCUGUCCCAAAACGCAGAACUUCGAACCCGACUCAACCGCAUCCACUCUGAAUCUGUCCUGACUGAACAAGUUGUCAGUGUGAACAUCAUCUCCACGCCUGAUGAGGCUGGAGAACAGAUGGGGAUCCCUCUGACUCAGCAGGCCUCUAAUGAGAGCCGACUCUCCAUGUCGGAGUCUGUUUCUGAGUUCUUUGAUGCCCAGGAAGUGCUUCUGUCGGCCAGCUCGUCAGAAAAUGAGGGCUCAGACGAUGAGUCAUAUGUCAGCGAUGUGAGCGAUAACAUUUCUGAGGACAACGCCAGUGUGACCGAUAACGUCUCCAGACAAAUGGCCAACGGAGACUUUGCUGGCAGUGCCUUCCGUAAUGGGCGGCGCAGCUGCCUGCCAGCGCCGUGUCCCGACACAAGCAACAUCAACCUCUGGAACAUUUUGAGAAACAACAUUGGCAAGGACUUGUCCAAAGUUUCGAUGCCUGUGGAGCUCAACGAGCCCCUCAACACACUGCAGCGUAUGUGUGAAGAGCUGGAGUACAGCGAGCUGCUGGACAAAGCCGCUGAGACCGAGGAUCCCUUUGAACGAAUGGCUCUCGUCGCCGCUUUUGCUGUCUCAGGCUACUCAUCCACUUUCUACAGAGCAGGAAGUAAGCCAUUCAACCCGCUACUCGGAGAGAGUUAUGAAUGUAUUCGGGAAGACAAAGGCUUCUGUUUUUUCUCUGAACAGGUGAGCCACCACCCUCCCAUCUCUGCGUGCCACUGUGAGUCCAAGAACUUCACCUUCUGGCAAGAUGUGAGAUGGAAAAACAAGUUCUGGGGAAAAUCGAUGGAGGUUUUACCGAUUGGGACCGUAAAUCUCACUAUUCCCAGGUUUGGAGAUCACUAUGAAUGGAACAAAGUCACCACUUGUGUACACAACAUCCUGAGUGGACGACGGUGGAUCGAACACUACGGGGAGAUAACCAUCAGAAACAUGAAGAGCAGCGCUUGCCUCUGCAAACUUACCUUCGUCAAGGGAAACUACUGGAGUUCUAAUGUGAAUGAGGUUCAAGGAUUUGUAAUGGAUCAAGAAGGGAAAGUGAUCCACAGGCUUUUUGGAAAAUGGCAUGAGGGUCUUUACUGUGGUGUCCCACCUUCUGCCAAAUGCAUCUGGAGGCCAGGCUCCAUGCCCACAAACUAUGAGUUGUACUACGGCUUCACCAGGUUUGCUAUUGAACUGAAUGAGCUUUGCCCCGAGUUGAAAGAUGCUCUGCCCCGGACAGACGCCCGAUUCAGGCCCGAUCAAAGGAACCUGGAGGAGGGGAAUUUGGAGAUGGCGUCCUCAGAGAAGCAGCGCAUUGAGGACCUGCAGCGAGUCAGGAGGAAGUGGAACGAGGAGAACAACAUCAAACUGGAGCCACGCUUCUUCAAGAAAGUGGUUGAUGCCAAUCACAGGGAGAGGUGGGUCUCCAACAACACGUACUGGGAGCUCCGCAAAAACCCCGGCUUUAUAAAUAUGGAAUCUACAGUGAAUCUGUGGUAGCACACGGAUAUCUGUGUCCUUCAUAUCGUCAUCACAGACAAGACGGCUGUAACCUAUGCACAAUAAGGUGUUAAGAGAAACACGUUAACGAUGAGAUAUCCGUGUGCAGGGAUAUUAGCGACUGCAGAGCGGAGGGAUGGCCUGAUGCCAAGCGACCCUGUUGAGGUUCUGUGGCACUGCCACAUGGUCAUCCAUCCAUGGAAACAUCCUGUAGGAUCACCUUCAUUGUGCUUGUGGAAGCUGGGUUGUCAGGGCAACAAUCGUACCACUCCUAUGUAGAUCUUUCCUCAGCUUUUUUGACUUCUGAGUAUGUCCUUGCCUUAAACAGACAUCCAUACAAGUCACUUGAUUUAGCGCUUUUUCGUUGAGGCCAUUUGACUUCUAAAAGCAGUUUGGGUUAGACUAGUCUAUGAAGUAGACCUUUUGACGAUACCUAUGUGCAUGUUUAGAGUGACGCAUUUAAUAUAUCAUCAAUUAUUGUAGAAAAAAGGUAUUUUUAUAAAAUAUCUUGGACUUUAGUGACAUAGGAUGUGAAUUGUCAGAUUUCAUUUAUUUUUGCCAUUUAACACGGUUGAAUCUGUGUGAUAGCAGUAAUCUCUCUUGGGAAACAACUCAUUUAAAAUUAAUCUCGACUGCAGCCGAGAAAGUAUGGCGUCCAUACAUGGAAUUUUUAAUGAAUAUAAUCAAACAGCGGCUCUCAAAGCUUAUCAUGAUUUGAAAGCAGUAUGAAAAUGUAAAUCCUCUUCUGAUGUUUGGGACACGGGAUGCAACAUUUAGAGAUCUUUUAUUUAAUUUUCAACACAGAUCCGUCACAGAGUCCAGUUUCUCCUCACAGUUGAGAUCCUGUGUAAAUAGAGGGACAACCUCAUCUGCCCUCCCCUGUCCCACUUUCUAAUUUUAAUCAUUGUUACAUGAAACCAACUCUUCUGAAUCACACGGUUACAUAAAUACACACAUAACUCCCUCUAUAUUAGACACAACAUAUAUAAUGGACGUGCUCAUAAAACUAAAAAAAGAAGGUGUACUAGGUACUGUAAAGCAUCAUGAUUUUGGGCUUUAUAAAUAGAUUUGACAGUGAAAUUUGAGGAAAACAGACACAUAUUUCCAUUUUUUUCUGUCAAAAAAUAAUGACAAAACUAAACACCAUCACAGUUAAUCAAAGUAAUGUCUUGAAUUUAGAUCAUUUUCUGCCUAACCUAAAAUGAUUUUUAGGUUAGAAGGCUUCAGCUUUUUUUUUUGAAAAUGAAAAAAAAAAUUACCAGCAACUGUUUUGCUAUGGUUUUUUUCAUGAUCUAUUACCUACAUUAUGUAUCAGUCUUCAAAACAGGAAUAGAUUUUCUUUUGAUCAAAUAAUUAAUUGGCUAAUUAUGUUGGCACUCCCAUGACCUAUUUAGCCAUAGUAUGCAGUUAUUCCAAUGUGACACACCAGAGCCACCUACAGGGUGUCCAAUGAAAAUGCAGUUUCAGGAUACUGUAGGUCAACAGCAGAAAUAUUUCCUUUAAUGUUUUAGAUAUCAAAAAAAUGUUUACAGUAACAAUUAUACUGUUCAAAAUCAAAAUGUGUGUGUUUCCCCAGAAACUUUACUGCUGCGAAUUGGGCUUCUGCAAAGCACCUGUUACCUAUUUGCAGUUUGUGUAUUUAUUGCAAAGCAGAUUAGCUAUAAUGUUUUAACUAGCGUCCCUCUUUUGUGUUACAGAGUAAGAAAAUAUAACACGAGCCUCUGAGUGAAAUCAACCCCAACACACACAAGUAGUCAUACAUUGUGUAUUUAAGUCGAUUCCUCUCGUUCAGGACCGCAUGGUGAGGACACCAAAGGAAGAAACAGAGUGAAUAUAAAUAUGUAGAAUGAAAACUAUGUGAAGCAAAUUUAUCUUGUGUGCACUCUUCAUAUGGUACUGUAGAUUACAAACCAAAAAGGUAGUACUUCAUUGCAUCCAUAUCUUUGUUUUCUUUCUUUUUUUAGAUGUACUUACUGUGGUUUUAAUUAUUCCCGGUCACAAACUCAAUGCUAAAACUCAUCAGUUUCACUUGCUGUGCCUUAAUGCAUUUAUUAAUGCCUCACAAACAAACAAACUCUACUGAUAACCACCCCCAUGCCAAGAAGGUAUGCCAUUAACAAUCGCAGCAUCCAAAUAAAUGUUUCAAAUUUCCACAUGCAUACAGAUGACACAUUACACUGAUAGCGUUGAGGGUUCAGCUUUGGACAAAUUGUCUUGUCUAUACUGUUAAAGGGAGAUAUCUUUGACAUUAGAUGAAGUAGAAAAAAGGUUAGACUGUAAAAUGCUUGCAGUGUUAAAAGAUGUUCCGCACUGUUCUGCUACUCCAAACAUGCAACCAGUCCAUUUUUGGUGAUCACUGUAAAUACAGCACAUUUAGAAGAUGGGUCACCAUUGCAAGAGCAAGAUUCCUUUUUCCUCCUACACCUGACCUACAUCUAGACUGACAGCAGUUAUGUGUGGAGGUAGGAGAAAUGCUUUACGUAGUGUUUGCUUUCGUGGAGCAGACUGUAGUGAAAAAAAAAAUAAUCAUGAAAACCCCUUCAUGUUUUCUUCAUCCACUGUUCAACCUGCAUGUCUAGAAAAUGUUGCCUGCCAAUGAAUGUUGCAGAUGCCUUACAAAAAAAGUUUUUUGUUUUCUCAAUUAGACUCUCAUGUUGUUGUUUUUUGGACUGACAUGUAUCACAAAGCACUAUGUCAGCUCAGUUUCUUUCAAAUCUAUUUCCAGAUGGGUACCUUCUAAAGUGCAAUUUCAACAGAGAACAUAUCUUUCCAUGAACACUGUACACUGCUGCUACAUAGUGCUUAUUCUAAUAAAACUGUAAAACUCAA